CUUGUCUUUAAAAUGUUUAGGAGCUAUCGAAAAAAUAAUUGAAUAUCAAACACCCAUUCGAUAAAUCUUCGUAAAUUUGGAGGCAAUUACUGGAAUGAAAAAGUGAAGGAUUAUUACUAGCGGUAGUAUCAAUAAAAGUUUUGAAGAUAUCUAUUCAUGACAGAACCAAGAUGAAGUAGUUGAUGACAAGGAGUAAGAUGAGUACAAUUAAAGUACGUCCAAUGGAUGAACCUCCUGAUGAACUGAUGGAGCGGCCUGACAGUGUGGCAAGUCUACACUAUGCAGAGGUAGCAGAGGUAGCCGAGGAUGUUGGAUCUGCUGUACCACAAGAUGAUAUUAGUCCAGAGGCCAGGUGGAUCAAAAGUAACAUGAAAAUGAGAAAUUGUCGUUGCUUUGUAAAAAAAGAUCCAGAGUCGACACUUCCUCCAGUUAAACCUCAGGGCAGACAAAUUGAUGGGAGAACCCUCACCAAUGACUGCCUAUGUGAAUGUGGCUACAAGAAGGUAGAUCAUAUGUUACCCUUAAAAUUCAGCCAUGAUAAUGAGUGGAGUGUAGACAAAAAUACAACAACUUCACCAACCAAUACAUUUGGAGAAAUAGAGUUCAUAGGUCAUGGAGACAAUGAAAGGAAGUUUGUUAGAGUUGAUGUGAAUACAAGCAUGGAAAAGAUGGAACAACUGAUGAUGAAUGUAUGGGGUUUACAGAAACCAAAUCUUCUGAUAUCCGUAACAGGCGGAGCUAACUUCUUCAAUAUGAAGACUAAACUGAAACAGGCUUUCCGAUUUGGUCUUAUGAAAGCUGCCAGAAGUACAGGUGCAUGGAUUGUGACAGGAGGAACUAAUACUGGUGUCAUGAAACAUGUAGGAGAGGCUGUAAGAGAUUAUGGUCUCACAUCUACCACAGGGGCACCAGUUGUUGCUAUAGGUGUUGCAACUUGGGGAUGUAUACAUAAAAAGAAAGAUUUAAUCAGUCGAGAUGGUAAUGGACUUUAUCCUGCACAAUACAGAAUAGGGACAGAGAAGAUCAAAGUUAGGAAGGAGGCAUACCUUGAUCCUAACCAUACCCAUUUUAUACUGGUAGAUAAUGGAACAGAACAUUCAUUUGCUGUAGAAAUUCCAUUCAGAGCUAAGCUUGAGAAUGCUGUGGCCAACAUGACAACUGACACUGGCAAAGAUGCUGUGAAGGUACCAGUUUGUUGUCUGGUUGCUGAAGGAGGUCCAGGGACUUUAGAAACUGUUCAUCAGUCCAUUCUUAAUAAUAUUCCUAUUAUAAUAGUCCAGGGUUCUGGAAGAGCUGCUGACAUAUUAGCUGCAGCUUAUGAGUUUUCAAAAGAAAGUGAAAAAGAAUAUGUUGAUAAAUAUGGCAAGAAAACAUGGAGAUCAGAGACAGAGUUUGACAGUACACAAGAAGCUAAAAUAAUAGACAUGAUAAAGGAUGUAUUUGGUGACAAAAAUUUAGUUAAAAACUGGCAGAUGGUAAAAGAAAGUCUGGUGAAUAGAGACUUGGUAACAGUAUUCAACUUAAGUCCUUCAUCCACAAACCAGGCAUCUAAGGAUAUAGACUAUGCAAUAUUAAAGGCAUUGCUCAAAGCCAACAAAGACCAAGUUUAUGACCAGUUGAAGUUGGCAUUAGCCUGGAACAGGAUUGAUAUUGCCAAAAGUGAAAUCUUUGUUGAUGACAGAACAUGGGAGCCUGGUAGCUUGGAUGAUAUUCUGCAGUCAGCUAUAAUGCUUAAUAGAAAAGACUUCAUCGAAUUGUUUCUAGACCAUAGUGUUAGUCUGAAAGAUUUUUUAAGUGUGACAAGGCUGAGACAGUUAUAUAACCAGAUUCCGCCCAAAUGUCAGUUAAGUUUGUUGCUUAGAAGAACAAAACAGUACAAUUCUGAUGUGACAAUGAGUGAUGUAGGAUAUUUGAUACAAGAAUUGAUAGGAGAUUUCUAUGCCUCACACCAUUUACAUGAUACUGAUGUUUCAAUGGGAGUUGAAAUGUUUACGAAUGCUAAUGCAAGUAGUAAUCAGAAAGGGCCUGGUAGUUUUAACGCUGUACAAGAAUUAUUUUUCUGGUCAGUCUUGAUGAACAGACAGGAAUUAGCUAAAAUUUUCUGGAAGCAGGGAAAGGAUGCUAUUGCUGGUGCUCUUGUUGCUUAUGGAUUGCUGAAAAAACUAGCGAAGAGAACUGAAGACACAGAAUUAAAGAAAUCUCUUGACAGAAAUGCUAUAGAUUUUUCAGAUUUAGCUAUUAAAGUUUUAAAUGAAUGUCAUGAAACUGAUGAAAGAAAAGCACAAAAUCUACUCAUUCGUCAAUUGGACAAUUGGGGUGGAGCCACAUGUGUUCUUAUUGCCGUAGAAACUCAGAACAAACAUUUUAUAUCACAAACAGCAUGCCAAUCUCUUUUGAACAGGGUGUGGAUGGGUCGUUUAUCACCUGAAAACGGGGCUCUCAAGUUAUUGAUUUGUGCUUUGUUACCUCCCCUUAUGUUCACUUUAAUAAAAUAUCAAGCAGAAGAUAUAGAUGCUGGACAGAUUGAUAAUGUCAGUGAUGACAAACCUAGGGUUGGAAAGACCUUGCCAAGACAAGAAGAUGGAAACAAACCUGGUAUGAUAAGACAACAGACACAGUUAUCAAUUCAGACAAACUACCAGCAAGAUGAGAAAGAACAGCCAACUAGUCUUUCAAUGUUACAGAAAUUAUAUCAUUUCUACACAGCACCUGUCAUAAUAUUUUGUCACAAUGUGUUGUCUUACCUGAUAUUUUUAGCAUUGUUCAGUAUUAUGUUAUUGAUAGACCUAUCCACCAAUGUAUCUGUGAUUGAGAUCAUCCUGAUGAUUUGGGUAUUUAGUAUAUUUGCCGAGGAAGUGCGACAGUUUUUGAAUCCACACUUUGCUUUACGGAUGAAAGCAACUAGUCAGGAAGGAUCAUUUAAGAUGUCAACUUACUCAAAAGACACUAGAUAUCUUGUUACUGGUUCCUCAGCAACUAUAAAUGCAAAGUUAAAAAGUUAUUUAUCAGACAGUUGGAAUUUGGUAGAUGUACUGACAAUCAUUCUAUUUAUAUGUGCAUUAGUUUUACGAUUUAUACCCGACGAUGAUACAUUUGAAGCAGCUAGAGUAGUUUAUGCUAUAAAUUUUAUAGUAUUUUUCUUCCGUAUCCUGCAUAUUUUUUCCGUACACAGAGAAUUAGGACCAAAGCUUGUUAUGAUAGGAAAUAUGGUGAAAGAUUUGUCGUAUUUUAUGGUAAUAUUGAUGGUAUUUGUGACAUCUUAUGCUGUUGCUUCCUACUCCAUUUUGUAUCCAAACAUUAGUUGGUCAUGGGAUAUAGUAUUGAAGGUGUUGAGAAUGAGUUACUGGAACUUAUACGGGGAACUAUUUAUAGAGGAUAUAGAAUUAGAGGAGCCUGACUGUAGUUUUGAUCCGGCAUCAUACAACAAUGGAAUGCCAAGAUGUCCAACAGAAGUAGGAAGAUAUGCUACACCAGUAUUAAUGGGAAUAUAUGUCCUAUUUGUCAAUAUACUAUUGCUCAAUCUACUUAUUGCUAUGUUCAGUUACACCAUACAGAGGAUACAAGACAGUACUGACCAGCACUGGAACUUCCAACGUUAUAUUCUAAUUUAUGAAUAUUACUCCAAGCCACCAUUGCCUUCACCAUUGAUAUUGAUAAGUCACAUGUUUUUAUUCAUCCGUUGGUGUGCACGAAAAUGUUGUAAAAGAUGCUUAUCAACUAAUCAAUCAGACCUCAUAAAGAGAUUUCCAAAUGAACGUCAGUUGAUACAGUGGGAAAAUGUGAUUGCAGAUGCAUAUCUGCACAAACUAGAAAUGAUGGAUUUAGAAAGACUCGAAAUAAAAAUGCAGUUAACACAUGAAAGAUUAGACCAGCUACUUGUAAGGAUGGAUGAGGUUCAUGAAACCAGUCAACCAUCUCAUGUACCAGUAGCUAGAAAUUAUGAUAUUCAGCCUAUUGUUAAAAUGCCUGAACAACUUGAUAAAAGACUCAGAAGUUUAGAAGAACAGGUUCAGACUACAACAGAAUCACUUCAAUGGAUUGUAAAUGCGAUGAAGAAAAGUAAACUAUCACUGGAUGAUCCUGCUCCUGAGGCCUAUGAUCCUGUCAAGAAGGAAAAGGAAAAGUUGAAGAUGGAAAAGCUGCAGAAAGAACAAGAUUCAAUGUAUGUACAGAGUAUGAUUAGCCAGCAGACAGAGACUCAGACUAAGUCUCGUAUUGUUAAUUAUGGUGGUACUUCAAUAAAGAAAUUCCCUGUACCAGAAGAUAUGGCUUCCUGGGAAAUCACAUGGUCAGAGUACAAGCCUGUGUAUUAUGAGGCUCCUGAGGUUAAAGCUAAUCCUUCCUGGGCAGAUCAUGUUAAUCUGUUAGAACUUUCACCAAAGAAGAGGUUGAAGAAAAUUAAGUUUAAUGAAUAUGAUGAGUCUUGUAAAUACAACAGAACCAGUUAUCUUGGUGAAUAUCAAAUAAUAGAUGGUGUACCCAGAAACCCAAUGGGUAGAACAGGAAUGAUAGGAAGGGGUCUGCUUGGUAGAUGGGGACCAAACCAUGCUGGUGAUCCUAUAGUUACAAGAUGGAAGAGAAAUGCCAAUGGGGAAAAAAUACAGGAGAAUGGAAAAUAUGUGUUUGAAUUUAUUGCCAUUAUUCGAAGUGAUAACAAAUUAUGCAGUUUACCUGGCGGUAUGGUUGAUCCAGGACAAAAUGUUUAUGAAUGCUUAAAAGCAGAAUUUAAAGAAGAGGCUCUUGGUAGUCUGAUGGACAAUGAAGAACAUAAAAAGGAAAUUAAAGAUAAAUUAAAAAUCAUGUUUGAGGAAGGAGAAUUGAUGUAUAAAGGUUAUGCUGAUGAUCCAAGAAAUACAGAUAAUGCUUGGUUAGAAACACUGGUGUAUAAUUACCAUGAUGACACAGGAACAGUCUUGCACCCAUUUCAAAUCCAGAAUCAAGGACUACGUGCUGGUGAAAGUGUAGAUGCUGUGACUUGGUUAACAGCUAGAGCUAAUAUGACAUUACAUGCUGCCCAUGCUUACUAUGUCAAGCUGGUGGCAGACAAGUUAAAUGCUGCUUUUUAAAUUUCUAAAAUUGUUUAAGAAUAAAGCUAAAUGUGAAUGGAAAGUAUAUAUGUCCUUAUUGAAAGCAUAUUUUUCAUGCUUUUGAUAAUAAUGUUGUACCCAAAUGUUCAUUAGAAGAAUGAAAGAGGAACUUGUUUUUUUAUAAACUUACAUUGAUAUUUAUUUUUUACUUUUUGCAAUUAACUGUGAUUUAGUUAGUUCAGUUUAUGCUCAGGAAAUAAUUAUUUUUAAAUGUAACAUUGGUUACAUUGUUUUUCUUCAUAAAAGGCGCCUUUUCUCAAUUUUCCAAUCUUUCCAAAUGGCAUUCUUAUCAUUUUUGAACUUCAGAAGGGAUAGAUUUCAACAUUACAAAGGAAUAAUUAUUACGCAUAUCAAAUGUAAUUUUAAACAUUAUGGAGGUCUGCUACUCAUAUAGGCAAAUUUUCAGGUGAGAAAUGUUGAGACAUACCUUAUAUUAAAAAGAGUUCCAAAAGGCAUUUUUUUCUAAAUGUUUUUAUGAUGAUAAAAAAAAGAUGAGUUUUAUAUUAGUGUAUUGAAGAACAAACUAUUAAAGAACAUUGUGUGUGCUGUUGCAGUAGCAUUUUCGUCAAAUAUUAAUUUAUCAAAGACAGCAAAUAUAUCAGUUAAAAACAUGUUGUCUUGUAACUGAAUGUGUAUUGGAUUAAUUUGGCAGCUUCCAACUUUUGAAAAAGAAAAAAAUCCCAGAAAAAAAAUUAAAAAAAAUUUGAUUUGUUAUGUAAGAAACCAGGAGUUCACAAUUUCAUCCAAACAAGAAACAUAUGCAUGUGCUUUCAAAAGACCAUAAAAUAUAAUAGAAAAGCAUUAAUGUAUUGUAGAACAUUAUACAUGUAUAUUUAUUAUGUAUAAUUUUAUAUUAUUUAUUAGAAUAUUCUUCAAAAAAGGGGCACAUACAUUGUAUUUGGAAAUGAUUUCAAAUUCUAAAAUAACUCGAAUAAUUCAAGCCCUUUCUAAAAUAGAGUUUCAUGAUAAUUGUACAUAGGAAGUAAUAAAUGUUUAGCUUUCAUAUAUAUUAAAUCAAAAUUAAAGUGCUAUCGUAAUACCAUUUUCUAGUCAUUUAAAGACAUUUUGUGUCUUUUUUUCCAAAGAUGUGUAGAAUCUCCAUGGUAUAUUAAGAUUAUUACUGUUUUGAUGAUGUUAAAGCAAAAAUGUUAUUUUUAUUUUUAAAUUUACAAAUAUAAAGAUAAACUGUUUAAAUAAGGGUCAGAAAUCAUGAACUGAAAAGACAACUUUUAAUCUAAUAUUUUUUUAGCCUGUAAUUAAACUUGAACAUUGCUUCAAGCCAAUUUUAAAUAUGUUUAUGAAGCUUUCAAAUACACCAUUUGCUCAAAAAAUAUGAAGAAAAACAAUGUUUGAAUAUAUGAUAACUUGUUUGAUUUUUCAGUUAUAUCUAUAUGAAAAAUUAUACUAUUGAGUUUAAUCAAUUGAUAUCUUAGGUGUAAAAAUCGCACUGUUUUAUGCUGUUCAGUUUAACAAUCAACAUAUAUAGAUAUGGAUGCUUCGUCUCAUAGGAAAAAUAUAUUUCUACAUUGUCCAUCAUUUACUGACAGAUGUCCUUUUAACCUGUGUGAAAUAGUAUUUAAUCUAACAUAUCUUUCAAUCAAAUGUAGACAAUAGAAAGUGAUUCUAUUUUACGUCACCAGUGGCGUAAAUAUAGAUUCUACCAGUGGAUUUAGUGCAACAUUAUAUUUGCCAAUACAAGACAGUCAAAUAUUUAUUGUCAAGAGUGGAGAAAUAUAGUAUUACACAAUCUAUGGUGGUGGAAUUGAUUUCUCUUAUGAAAUUUAGACAAUAUGAAGGCAAACUUUAUUUUUAUUUUUCAAUGAUCAACAGAACAAUCAAGCUUUUUCUGUGAGAUGUUACAAUAGGGAAAUCAGUUGAAAGAAAGAAAAGUUUAUGUCAAUUGUGUUUAGACCAAUGAAGAACUGUGAACAAGCAAAAAGCAUGUUGAUUAUAAACAAUCACAUGUUUGGGGCAAGUAUAAAUCAGCUAAGAAUUAGAGAGCAUACAGUAGCAUAUUCUGGUCUUAUCCAGAUGAUAAAUUUUCAGUGGAUUUUCAAAUAUGUGAAAGAUGCUGUUGAUGUGUUUUUGUCUCAAUUGCGAAGAAAGUCGUGGAAAGCGAGAUGGGGAUUGCUUUUCUGGAGAAAUUUUUCAUUAAUAUUUGACGACAAUUGUUAAGUUUUCUGCUUAAGUUAGUUUGAUAGGAACUACUUGUGAUAGAUCAAUGAUAAUUUGUAUAAAGUUGCUUUACUAUCAGUACAUAUCAGUUUGUCAACCAUUUCAAGGCCCUGCCCACUAGUUGGUCCAGCGACUUUAAAUUAAUUAGCAAUGUUGCUGUCCAUCAGAUUGUCUUUUUCUGAAAUUUCUGUAGACAGGCAAGACAUAUCUCUAUGUUAACAGUUUAUUUUAACUGGAGGAAGUAUAUGAAUAAUGUUUAAAUUAAUUAUUAGAAAGAAAGAAAACUUCAAAAUCUUGUAGAAUUGCUAAGAUCUGUUCACAUAGGGACUUGUGUACUUGAGGAAAGUUACAUUUGAUAAGGCCCUAAAAUGGCCCCUUUUUUUAGCUUAAAUUUCAAAUUAGGAUUUAUUGACUAAUAUCACAAUGAAUCAUAGCUAAUACAGUGACUAGAUAGGAAAUAAUUCUUUUGUUGAAAAUUUAUGUUCCUGCGUUUUAUUCAUGAGGUCAUAAAUGGUACUCAUUUUGAUUUUCAACGAAAAAUCACUGAAAUUGAGUAAAUUUUCAUUGAUUAUUGGACAGGAAACAUAGAGCACAUAUGUCGACAAUAAAGAUCUUUGACAAUAUUGUUUAUAAUGUCUUACUUGAAUAUUUAGUUUGUCGACGCCUGCGCUCUAUGUUUCUUUGUCAUAAAUUUGGUUGAAAUCAGGCUGAUUUUGUAAAAUUUCGCCAAAAUCUCUUAUUUUGACCUAUUUGGGAUGUAAAAAUCAACGCUUUAGAAUAAAAUUUUGACACAAAUAGUUCUAUUUAACUUUCUCACAUGUCUUUAAGUCAACUUAAAACAUUUUUUAUCUUGUAACAUUGAACUUUAUAAUUGGGGCCAAAUAUGGCCCUUACCGAACUUACUCCUUUGUACAUUUUGUAAGUUUUUAUUAUUAUUUAUGGAAAAAAAUUUAUUCGCUUUAUUACAUAUAUUUUAAUUAUACAUGAUAUAUAAGAUGAAUAUGAUUUAUGAAUGACAGGAGUUUUUAUAUUUUAAAACUUUACAUAUAUUGUUUUACAAUGUAUUAUUCAAUUUAUAUUUAUAUUUUGACUUAGUCACAAAGGUGAGACAUAGGCUUGCUGUUUAAGGAGGCAUCAGCUUUGUCAACAGUUUGUUAAAAGUUGGGAUUAAGUCAGUUUAAGGGGAACCACUCAUAGUAUGUCAAAGAUAUUCAGUAUGGGGUAGUUUAAGCAUGGACACUUUCAUUUGCAUAUAGUUUACAUGUUAAAGUUUGUGAUGAGAUGGGUUUAAAAGAAACCAAUUAUUGUAGGUCAAUGACAUUUGGUAAGCAGUUGUAUUAGCAUGAAAAUGUUUAAUUUACGGAGAUUAUUUGGCUCUACAUCCUCGGUCAUGGCUUAAUUACUUUAAAAGGUUGGAAUAGUUUACAAGCAUGCUAAAGUGUUGUUAUUUUUGUCUCGCCUUGGUGGAGUCAAAAAGCAAGACAUGUAUGCUGUUUAUGGCGUUGGGGGCGUCAACAAUGUAUUAGUUUGUGAUAUUACUUGGCCCUGCCCCCUCAGUCAUGGUCUAUUGACUUUGAAACUUUUGCUUAGUUUAUUUACAUGUAUUAGUUUGUGAUUAGGUCAGUUUAUGGGGAACCACUAGUGGUAGGUCAAUGAUAUUUGGUAUGCAGUUGUAUAGGCAUUGGCAUAUCUCAUUUCCAUGGAGAUUAUUUGGCUCUGCCCCCUCAGUCAUGGUCUAUUGACUUUGAAACUUUUGCCUAGUUUACAUAUAUUUGUUUGUGAUUAGGUCAGUUCAAGGAGAACCAUUAGUGGUAGGCCAAUGUUAAUUGAUAUGCAGUUAUUUGAGCAUAAGCACAUCUCAUUUUCAUUGAGAAUAUGUGGUCCUGCCCCCUCAGUCAUGGUCUAUUGACUAUGAAACUUUUGCUUAGUUUACAUGUCUUAGUUUGUGUUUAGAUCAGUUUAAGAUGAACCACUUAUGUUCAGUCAAUGAUAUUUGGUAUGCAAAUUUAUUGGCAUUUGCAAGUCUCAUUUCCAUGGAGAUUAUAUAGCCCCACCCCCUCAUCAUGGUUCAUUGACUUUGAAACUUUUACAUAGUUUUACAAGUUAAUGUUUCUGUUUAGGUUUGUUUAAAGGGAACGACUUAUGAUAAGUCAAUGGUAUUAGCAUUGGCACAUCUCAUUUCGAUGGAGAUUGUUUAGCCCUGUAUCUUCAGUCAUGGUUCAUUGACUUUGAAUAUUUGCAUAACUUACAUGUUAAAGUAUUGCUAUUUUAAUUUCAACAUUUGCAUUAUUAAAAUUACAAAAAGGCGAGACAUAUCCCUGUGUUAACAGUUUACUUAUUUUAUAAUAUGGCCAAAACUACAUACAGACGAGACAUAUCUCUGUGUCAAUAGUUUAUAAUUAGAAAUAUUGUAUGAAAGCUGUGAUAUUUUUAAGACAGUAGAUUUAUAGUUCUGAAUCUCAGUGUAAAUAUUAUAUAUAAAAAUCAAAAUUUCACACUUCUGGCAUAGAUUUAAGGUUGUCUAUAGCUAAACAUGAACAUUUCCUUCAUUGAUUUGGACUAGGACUAUCAGAUUUACAGGUAUUACUAGUAAACUUAUAGCUUUUAUGUUAUAAUUCUAAAGCUCUGGCUGUUUACAUAAAAUUUCCAUAUACAUUUCAAACAUAUACAUAUAUAUAUAUAUAUAUAUGUUUCUUUAUUGUGAAAGCAAUCUAUUUUCCUUAAAUUGCCAAUAUUUUGAGAAUCUGCCAGUAGGCAAGACCAAUUUUUUUUCUUAUUUGUUUUUAAACUUUUAUUUGUUAUUUGUUUUUAUAUAUUUCAUCAAGUAUUUAUUUUAUAAUAAUUUAUUUGUAAUUUAAAAUUAAAAAGUACAGUUGCUCAGUCUGCCAAUGUGUUUCCACAUACUAAUAUACUUUUCAAAAUAAAAAAAAAAACUGUACAGUGAUUUUUUCUAUUUAAAUUUGUAAUAAUAAAAGACGUAGUAAUACAAUAAAAAUGAUGUAAAGAAAGUGGUUUUUUUUAUAGAAAUACUUUUAGAAUUUAACAAAUUCUGAUUUGUUUUAAAAAGAACACUUCUAUUUAUAUGUUUGGAUUACAAAUAAAUUUUAGAUUUUGAAUCAAAACACGGAUAGAUACUAGUAUUUUUUUUCAAUUAAAAGAUAUUUGUAUUUCUUUAUUUCAUGAAAAUCAAUUUUUCUUAUCAAAUAAAUCACUUAGAAAUCUUCAGUCUUUAACUACAUCUGUGGCUUUAUCCAUGUAAGUCAAUUCAGUCAGGUAUGACAUAUCACAAUAAUUAAAGUUUUACACAUUAUAA